UAGCUGUGACUAGUGACAUGGGAUCUGCAAACCGAGCACUGUGGAGAAGCUCUGGCCUCAUUACUGGAAGACACUGCAAUACUGUUAGCAAAGUAGUACAUCCUCAAAGUCCAACCAAAUGGUUAUAUUUUCUCGCUGAUGUUCCUCACCUAAUAAAGAAUCUUAAGGCAGAUUUGGUUAGUGGCAAAGUCAUCACUCUACCUGAUGAUGUUGUUAAAGCAAACAACUUGAACUGUAGUUUUGUGUCCAUUACACCUGUAAAAGAUCUAGUAGAGUUUGAAAACCAUCAUGAUUUAAAAUUAGCACCAAAGCUAACUAACGCCACUAUUUCUCCAUCACAUUUUGAGAAAAUGAAAGUAUCACAUGCACUGCAUCUGUUUAGUAAGUCAGUGAGCUCUGGACUUCAAUACCUUGUGAAAGAAGAAGGCCGAGGAAACAAAUAUCUUUCUACUGCUUGGUUUCUGGAUGUGUUUAACCGGUGGUUUGAUUUCAUGACAAGCAGGUACCCUGCAGUUGCACUAAGCAGAUUGAAUUGUGAUAAAUAUGAAGAAGCUCUAAUAUUUCUUACGUCUAUUAUCAACUUAGUACAAAGCAUGAAAAUUGGAGAUAAAAAUGACUGGAAACCCGUGCAAGCAGGGAUUGUAAUGUCUACAAACAGUGUUCUUGGUAUCCAAGAGGAGUUGCUUUCAAUGGGAUACAAGUUCCUUUUGACAAGUCGUCUUACUCAAGAUUGCCUUGAAAAUCUUUUUAGUUUGGUCAGGCUAAAAAAUCGUAUUCCUUCACCACUGGCAUUUAAAUACGCAUUAAAAGUCAUUUGCAUUGCACAGUUCCUGAAACAACCUCAUGCAUAUCAAGGAAACUACCAAGAAGAUGAUAGAGACAUAGCAAUUGACUUUCUUGACCAGCCAUUGAAGCUACCAAGCACUGAACUGGAUCUGAAAGAUUUAGAAGUGGAAAUAUCAGAAGCAAAUUGCAUAGAUGACAUUCAGAAGGCUGAGUUGAACAGCUUAUAUUACCUUGUAGGAUACUGCCUACACAGCAUAAAGAAAAAUGAAGAAAUCUGCACAGGUUGUUUUGUGGAAGUGACCAGCUGUGAUCUAAGUGAUCAAGACUCAGCAACGUUCACUAUUCUAAAAGAGUAUAAGCAAGGAUGCCUUACUCAGGUAUCAGAGAAAGCAUUCUCUAUGAUGCUCAAAGUAGAAGUCAUGCUAAGAAACUUCGAUGAAUCAGUGUUGAUGACAUCAAAAAAUGUGAAAAGAUUAUUGUUGGACAAGGCUGAAGAAAUAACAGUACAUGAUUUGUUCCUCAAUUGUCAUAAUAUCAAGCAGAAGCUACUAUCAAAGUACUUGACUGUUCGCUUACACAUUCUAUGCAAACAGAUGAAACGUAAAAGAAAACAGGAGUUAGAGAAAGUAAAGAAUCAGAGUCAAGGUGAACUAGGAAGCAAGAGCAUGACAAUGAGAAAAUUAGUCAAAAAAUUGAAAUGAAAAUGAAUGCCCUUGUAUGGAAACACAACUCUAGCCAGUCAACAAAUGUGUGCAUGAGUAUACAUGUGUGCUUGUGUAACAUGUGAUUAAGCAUCGCAUUUAUACCUUUUGUAACUUGAGCUUCUGAUGAUGAGCCAUCGUUUUAUUUAUACCAUUUCAUUGCAGAAAGAAACGUGUACAGAACAACACGGUUAUAAAUGUUGGAAUUUCGAGGCCAAAGCGCGAGGUUUUCCUUGAAAAGCGUCAGAACUGUUCAGAUCGGUUGUUUGAACAAUACAACGUCUCUCCUGCAGUGCAAACAUUGACAGAAACAACUGAAAUCUUGCAAACGGCUCAUUUGGAAUCUCUGUAUUUCGGUAGCGCUCUCACUCGAAACCACGAUGAUCAGGAAACGACACAAAUCGAGCUUCUGAAGAAGUAAAUCAUAGUCCAAUAGUUGCAACAAGUAGCAACAUAAAACUCACUUUAAUGUAGAAAUAGUAGUAGCUUAGUAUGAUUUUAGACAGAUUUUUUACGUAGCGCGCAUGGAAACAAAAUGGC